AUGAUCAACAAAUGGGAAGUAUUAACAAAAGAAAGAUCAUGUGCAGUGGAUGUACAACAUUUGGAUCCCGAGGAGGAGCAAAAACGCCAUUUUUGUUUCCGUGAUGAUGAUUCCGUGGGGUGUCAGCCAGGAUCACAUGUGGCGAUAUUGUGUCCCUCGAGGUUAACUGCAUCUGUUUAUCUCAGGGCAUGGAAUGUUUCAUUCACGCGCCAAGGAGGGAGCCUCUGUUUUAGGGUCCUGUGGCUAUACGGAUGGCUAAAGAGUGAUUAGCCAUGGUUCAGAAAUGGAGAUCAGGUCUGGUUUGGAAUUGGAAGAAGAAUGCUAUGAAGAGAUAUUGGUCACGGAUGAUAGGUUAGAAGGGUUGAAUGCGUUUUCUGAGAAGCGAAAACCAUUGUACAAAGGCGGAUGAAAUAAAACGUACUAUGGGCAGAUCGUUGUCUUACUUUAACAUGGAGUUGCAGAGAGAGAACUUGGUCAUUUCAAUAACUAAGAGGGGAAGUGAUGAUGGCAGGAAGGGAAAUAGGGGUGAAUUGGUCAUUUGAGGAUAGGAAGGGUUUUCUGUAACUAGGAUGGGAGGUGAUGAUGGCAGAAAGGGAAAUAGAGGUUAAUUGGUCGUUUCAGGAUCACCGAUUGUAUUAUUGUUUUUGCUAACUUAGGAUUAGACUUUUAAUUCUUAUACAAUUGAUUAAAAUUCAAUUUUUUUUUAACUAUAUUUGUUACCCAUAAUAGCAAC